GGCCUACAGUGUUAGGAUUCUGAUUCAUUCGCCUGAAAUAAGCACAUGCGAAAACAAAGAUCAUAGGGCUACUCCACUAAUUUGAUAUCAAUGUUAUGAUACGUUUUCACCAUGAUGUGCUAUUGAUUUAUCAUAAUUAUUACGAUGUCGUCAUUCCCUGACGACAAUUCGCACAGCAGUGCCUAAUUUAAUGGCUUUUCACGGCAUAGUCUAAACGCGCAUGCGCCAAAACAAGAAACCAACUUCUGGCUGGCUGUUAUAUCAUGGGAUGUAAACUAUUUCUCUGGUCACAACUAACACUGAACAGUGUUCAGUGGAAAACGCAUUAUCGUUUCUUCUCGAAGGGAUCCAACUCAAUUUAGGUGAAUUUAAUUAAGAGAACUUAUUAAGAAACUGGAAGAGACACAGUUGAAAAAAGUUGUUCUUAAGGGCCACGAUCUUGUCAGUGGACGGUUCGUAACAUGGAUGAGAAGCGAAUACAGCCGGCAGUGAAUAGUGAAAUGGAUGCGCCCCGUGCUGUCGAUCCUAAUCUAAAAUACACAAACUUUUUCAUAGAGAAUAUUUUGAGUCCAGGAUUUGGAAGGCUUGUACAUAGUCACGAACCGAGAAAACAGAAAAAAGACGAUAACAUCUCGUUACAAGAUAAUGAACACAGUUCAAAAUCAAGCGAUGGAGAGGACGAAACAAAGGCUCCGAUUAAAACAAAUUUAUGGCCCGCCUGGGUUUAUUGUACCCGGUACUCCGACCGUCCAAGUUCAGGGCCCAGAACAAGGCGUUUGACUCGUGACAAACGGGAAGAGAAGAGGCCUAGGACGGCGUUUACUGCAGAGCAAUUACAGCGACUGAAGGAAGAGUUUCGCAUUAAUCAUUAUUUGACUGAACAGCGCCGCCGCAGUUUGGCAGACGAUCUCAACUUGAAUGAGUCACAGAUUAAGAUCUGGUUCCAAAAUAAGCGCGCAAAGAUCAAGAAAUCGAAUGGAAACUUCGCCUGGAAGAACAACGAGGACCCGUACGGGACAGGGGAAGGGGUAACUGUGACACCAUAUGCUACCACGCAAACCACUUGAUGAUUCAAAUUGUGGUUGCAGUUAUACCAGAUCAACCGUGUUUCUUUAUCCAAUAUCCGUGAUGGACUGCCGUGUAUGGUACCGUAUAUUUUCAUGCUGCGUCAUCCACUAUCUGGGAUCGAGCAGACCCGUUUUCUUACUUAACCUAUUAUUAACUUUAAAUGGCACUAUGUUGCAUUCAGUAUGAAAUUGACACAUAAGUUCAUUAUGCAAAAUGUGAUAACUAAAUGAGAAAGAAACCACGACAAUAUUGACGGCUUUCCUUUCCCAUAAUGCGGCAUAAUAUAUGACGUGUUCAAACGAAGAUAGUCAAAAUAUAGUACAUGUACGAACCAUGCAUAAAGCGACCGUCUCACGAUCUAUGUGCACGACGCGCACUUACAAAAGAUUAUAAGCGAGCGCGUAAAGACCUAUACUACGCAACACAAGCCAGUAACCAAUUUCAACACUAACAAUUCAUUUUAAACAUGCUCCCGCGUAUGAGGUACGCUCGCGCCAGUUUAUACUAUAAGAAAGGUCGUGAGGCAGACGAUUCAAUAAGUGUAGUUAGUGUCUUGUACUGUAACACCAUAAAUCCUAUCUGUAUAUUGUACGAUUUUAAUUGUAAAGAUCGAUUCAACAUAAUAUAAUUCUUAUUAAUUUUGCUGGGUGAGGAGAUGGAUUUUGAAUCAAGCUGUAUGCAUGUAUCGAAUCUAAUCAUACGUUCUUCUUGCAAUAUUGAUGUUUAUAUUAACAAGAGAUGUUCGAAUGUUCGAAAAAAAAUUCAGCAGCAUACAAAUCACGGUUAUGCUUGCUUGAGUACUAUCAUACCAAUUGCGGCCCUGUUAACUAUUUAGGCCUAUAACUAAAAUGAGAAAAACAAAACAUUAAUUUAAGUUAAUUGUGAUUUUUUUUUAUUACUAUUUUUAUUAUUAUUAUUAUUAUUAUUAUUAUUAUUAUUAUUAUUAUUAUUAUUAUUAUUAUUUAUACGUUUUGGGAAAGUUAUCACGUUAAAUAAAAUAUAUGGAAUCUCCCAUGUAGUGCAUCCGCACAGGCUAAGAAAUCCUUUAGGAAUCAUUUCUUUCUACAAAUCAAGGUAAAAAAUUUCAUUUAAAGUUAGCAAUUUAAUUUUAACAUCUACCGUAGUUUUUUUAGGUUUCAUCGGAAGUUGAGGAUCGAAACGUCUGAAAUAUAAUGUGCUAUAGAUUUAAUCGACACCACAGAAUCCUGGUUUCCAUAAAAUCGCUACUAUCUCGCUACAGUUUUUUUUUUUUAAACACUGCGUAGCUAUUCCCGACGCAGUCGGGAAGACUCUGCCAAUCGAUCGACCAGUCAGAGUCGCCGACAGCUAGCGGCGAUAGCGUAAAGAGAUUUUAUGAAAACCAAUCUAUACUGACUGAAUAAUUUUAGUGUUUUUGAAAUAAUUAUUAUCCCCAAAUUGAGUCACAUAUGUAAAUAAUUCUAAUUGAAGGACACAGAAGAAUUGGUACACAUAUUUCAAUUGUUGUUUUUAUAAGACAAUAUAGUCCUGUGAGUGUCUACCAUACUGUAUAUAUGAUUAUGGUUAUUGUAAAUAUUUAUGUAGCAAUUUUAUUGCCAGUAUCUCACGCACGCCUACCUCAAACACGCGGCUGCGUUUGAAAGUUUUGUUGACACUGUUAUAAGAUAAGGCCUGGACCUAUUCUGAAAAUAAAAUUGUCAUUCGUAACGUCGUUACAGAGUUACGUCACAAAUUGAAAAUAAAUACAGUAAGCAAAAAUA